CACAAAACACAUAAACACAUUCUCUAAUCACUUUCUAAAUUCUCUCUCUCCUUUCUUUUCUUGAAUUUUCCAAGAAAUGGCUCAAGAGGAGGGUCAGAAAGCAGCUGAUGUUGUCGUUGUCUCAACGGAGAAACCAAUGACUGAUAAAGAAGUAACAGUUCCUGCUCCAGUGCCUGAGAAGGAGGUGACUCCUCCUGUUGCCUCGGAUGAGAAGGCUGUUCCGGAGAAGUUGGCUGUAGAGGCUGAGGCUGAGAAAUCUGAUACUGUUAAGGAGGAAGAGACUGUUGUAGCUGAGAAGGUGAUUGUUCCUACCCCUGAGGAGCUUGAGAAGAAGGCUCUUGAGGAGUUCAAGGAGCUCGUGAGAGAGGCUUUGAACAAACGUGAAUUCACUACUCCGGUGAAAGAAGAGAAGCCUGAGGAGAAGAAACCUGCGGAGGAGGAAUCUAAAGAAGAAGAGAAGAAGGAAGAAGAGACACCAGCACAAGAAGAAACCGUCAAGUCUGAAGAGAAACCAUCAGAAGCAACCGAGGCGGCGGCUCCGGCUGAGACCAAGUCGGAGGAGAAAGCAACCACCGAGAAAGCCACUGGUGCUGAAGAAGACGGAACAAAAACCGUGGAAGCAAUCGAAGAGUCAAUCGUCUCCGUCACUCCUCCAGACUCCGCCGCAGCACCGGUAGAGACCGCCGCCGAGGCGGAGUCUGUGGAGCCAGAGGAAGUCUCCAUCUACGGAGUUCCUCUCCUCCAAGACCAAAGAUCCGAAGUGAUCCUCUUAAAGUUCCUCCGAGCAAGAGACUUCAAGGUCAAGGAAGCCUUAGCCAUGCUGAAAAACACAGUCCAGUGGCGCAAGGAGAACAAGAUCGACGAGCUCGUCGAAGCCGAGGCGGGAGAAGAGGCCAGCGAGUUUGAGAAGAUGGUGUUUGCUCACGGUGUGGACAAGGAAGGUCACGUCGUGAUCUACAGCUCUUACGGGGAGUUUCAGAACAAGGAGCUUUUCUCUGAUAAAGAGAAGCUUAACAAGUUCCUUAACUGGAGGAUUCAGCUUCAAGAGAAGUGUGUGAGGGGUCUUGAUUUUAGCAGCCCUGAUGCUAAAUCUUCGUUCGUGUACGUUAGUGACUUCAGGAACGCUCCUGGACUCGGCAAGAGAGCCUUGUGGCAGUUCAUCAGACGUGCCGUCAAGCAGUUUGAAGACAACUAUCCCGAGUUCGCCACUAGAGAGUUGUUCAUCAAUGUCCCAUGGUGGUACAUUCCUUACUACAAAACAUUCGGAUCUAUCAUUACAUCGCCAAGGACUAGGAGCAAGAUGGUACUUGCUGGUCCAUCCAAAUCUGCUGAUACCAUAUUCAAAUACAUUUCUCCUGAACAAGUCCCAGUUAAGUACGGCGGACUUAGCAAUGACAUUUCUCUAACCAGUGGAGACACCGUUACUGAAGCCAUUGUUAAACCAGCAGCUAAAUACACCAUAGAGUUACCUGCUUCUGAGGCUUGCACACUCUCUUGGGAGCUUAGGGUUUUGGGUGCAGAUGUGAGCUAUGGAGCUCAGUUUGAACCUACCACAGAGGGAAGCUAUGUUGUGAUCGUCUCCAAAAACCGUAAGAUUGGGUUGACCGAUGAACCGGUGAUAACCAAUUCUUUUAAGGUGGGUGAACCGGGAAAGAUUGUGAUCACAAUCGAUAACCAAACUUCCAAGAAGAAGAAAGUGCUCUACAGGUUCAAAACUCAGCCAAUGUCUGAUCUUUGA